GGGGCGGAGGGCGCAGCGCGGGGCGGCCGUCGGGGCGCAUGGACGGGCCCGGGGCGCGGGGCCCGCGGCGCCGCCAUGAGGAAGCAGAGCGUGCGCACGGCCGCGCUCAUCCUGUGCAUCCUGUCCUACCUGCUGGUGGGCGCCGCGGUCUUCGACGCGCUCGAGUCCGAGGCGGAGCGCGGCCGCCAGCGGCUGCUGGCCCAGAAGCGCGGCGAGUUCCGGAGGAAGUACCGCUUCUCGGCCGAGGACUACCGCGAGCUGGAGCGCCUGGCGCUGCAGGCCGAGCCGCACCGCGCCGGCCGCCAGUGGAAGUUCGCCGGCUCCUUCUACUUCGCCAUCACCGUCAUCACCACCAUCGGGUACGGCCACGCCGCGCCGGGCACGGACUCGGGCAAGGUCUUCUGCAUGUUCUAUGCGCUCCUGGGCAUCCCCCUGACGCUGGUCACCUUCCAGAGCCUGGGCGAGCGCCUGAACGCGCUGGUGCGGCGCCUCCUGCUGGCGGCCAAGCGCUGCCUGGGCCUGCGGCGGCCGCGCGUGUCCACCGAGAACAUGGUGGUGGCCGGGCUGCUGGUGUGCGCCGCCACCCUGGCCCUCGGGGCCGCCGCCUUCGCGCACUUCGAGGGCUGGACCUUCUUCCACGCCUACUACUACUGCUUCAUCACCCUCACCACCAUCGGCUUCGGUGACUUCGUGGCGCUGCAGAGAGACGAGGCGCUUCAGAGGAAGCCGCCCUACGUGGCCUUCAGCUUCCUCUACAUCCUCCUGGGGCUCACGGUCAUCGGCGCCUUCCUCAACCUCGUGGUCCUGCGCUUUCUGGCGGCCAGCACCGACGCGCCCGAGCGCGCCACCCGCCGCGCCAGCCCGCUCCGCCUGGGGGCGCCCGAGAGCCGCGGCCGCCCUCCGCCCCGCCGCCCUGCCCGCGCCGGGGGCUCCGCCUCCAUCUCGUCCCGCGUGCACCGGCUGCAGCUGGGAGCCCGCGACAACCUGGCCUUCUCACCCCCCUCGAGCCCUGGGGCUGUGGGCGGCGGCACGGUGGGCAGGCCCCCGGCCCGGCGGAAGUCCAUCUGACAGCCCUGUCCCGGGCCCCGGAGGGUGGGGGUUGGGGGAGGUCGAGGGAACAGGAGGGGCUAGGGUCACCUGUCAGGGCAUGCUCCCCAGAGCUUGGAGAGGGUAGAGGGGCUGUGGCCUCAGGGCCGUCUUCUGCCACGAGCAGUGUGUCUUUCCCUUCUGUGGCCAGCCCCUCCCUCCUCUCCAAAAAUCCAUUAAAGCCGCACCUUAAGCACAAGCACGUCCUGUAGGUGCAAAUCCCCGUGGUCCGAACUGUUUUAGGAAGGCGCGGCCACAUCAGCCACCCAGGAGAGGCUCUCCACAGGCCCAUGUCAUCAGCUAGCCCUCCCGAGUGGAAACAGGUGGCUGUUUCUCUGCUGAGAGAGGAGGCAGGUUUUCCGUGUUGUAAGGGAAAAUGCGGGACUUUCAACCCUGGGAGGCAGGCAGUGAGGCCAGCUGCUCACACCAGGAGAGGCAUGGGGAUCGGAUGCACUGAAGGGAAACAGCUCCUGUCCCCGAGUGGAGGGGCGGACAAAUCUGCACUAUUUAAACGAUCGCUCAUCCUCUUGC